GGGAAACGAAAGAAAGAAGGGGGAAAAAAAUGGCCGAAGAAGCGGGAGCACGUGUGCAGAAAGCGGUCGAAUCUGUCGUGCAAGAUCUCGACAAGUCAUGUUUGAGGAAAAUGCAGGGAGACAUGCACAGGUGUGCAGCAAAAUGCUGCGAUGAUGCCCAUUCAAGUCUAGAAGAUGUCCAUAGGUGCAUUGAAACGUGCUCGGAGCAGUUGAACAAGGCUCAAAAUAAGAUACAAGGGGAUCUAGGGCAUUUUCAAGAUCGCCUGCAGAGGUGCGUCAUGCAGUGUCAGGACAGUAUACGAGACAAGGUGGGACCAAACACCACAGAUGCUCAGACACAUGAGUACAAGAAUGAAUUUGACGGUUGCGUCGUGAAAUGUGCAGAUUCACAUAUUGAUCUUCUGCCUCACAUGUUGAAAAGAAUGAAGCAUGCUAUUCAAUGAGGAAGUGCUCUAUGUACGGUGUAUUUUUAGGUGCAGCUACAGUGAACUUAACUAGAGGAAUAUAAAAAUUUGGUCUUUUA